GGCAGGUCGCUCCGAAGCGGUGGCGGCGACGAACAGCAACGCAGCCAUAGCCCGAACAGAGCUUCGCUAAACUCGAGUCGAGAAGUGAGUACACGGUCGCAAGAAAGGGAGAAAAGCGUCGACGGCAGUGUAUACGUGCUGUAAGUUUGAGAGUGCUGCAAUUGUGUGAAAUUCGCCGCCUCGGACAGUAGAACUUCGACAGAAGAGCUUCUGCCGCUGGACGGCGGACACAAAGAAGAGAGAAAGACCUAGAGAGCGAACCCGAAUCGAAGAUAAUGCCUCAUGGUUAAUGCUGAACGGAUUGCAGUAUGUAUGCGCCGUGGUGCGUGUAAAUGUUGACCCAAGACAUACACAAUACUCCAGUCUGAUGCAUGGAUUUAACGUAAUAGGCUAGGUAUUUAAAUGAACUGUAAUAUUCAAGUGCGCUUGCCAAUGGAUGUGACAAGCGUGUGAUAUUUAGAUUUUUAAAGAUUAAAAAAGAAGAAAUGCUCAUUCGCAAAGCGAUUGUUGUGUUGACUGAAUUAAUAGUGCGCUCUACUUCUGGUAUUACAAUGUCUGUGAUCCUUGCUACACUGAAAUUUGAUUAUAUCGCAGACAAAUUCCACCAUGAUAAGAUUGUUUGCCUCAAAUAAGAUAUAACAAAUCUGAUAGAGAAAAUCCAAGACAAUUGUGCUACGAAUGGGAGUAAGAUAUAUAUAGCUAUAUGCACAUCAUCAUUGCAUUACUGUGCUUCCACAAAAAGUUAAAUCAUGCAGUCACCAUGAACCUUCUUUUAACUUGAACUUUUGCUGUGCUGUGCAAUGUGCUUGUGUUGAUUAUUUGUGUACAUGGGAGUCUGUUGCACAAAUCUAUUGAAGGACAAUUUUAGAUACAAAGUGGUAGUUUGACAUUCAAUAAAAUGGGGUGUGCUUGAGAGGCUGUAAGCCUGUCCAAUAUAUUUUAGAUUACAUAGGAUGGACAAAAGAGAGAACCUAUGUUCUGCGAAUUGAUGGGUAUAUGCUUUUCCUGUAGGAGAUCCACUAGUAACCGAAUAAACAACAAGAUCUCUGAGCAUAUUUCAGCAUCUGUAACUCCUCUCCAUGUUCGUCUUGAAGAACCAAGAAGACCAGAGUUGGGCUUGUGCGAUACCACAGCUCUUAGAUUACAGAGUGAAGGUGCAUACAGUAGCAGGGGAAUUGGUGAAGAGCCUGGUGAGGAGGAGAUUGGAACUGAGCUGCUGUCUGGAACAAGUGAGCUGAAACAGAAUCCAGCAGGAAUGGCCAAUACCAUAAGUAACAUGAAAAUGACAAACCCUAUUAAGGGCUUGGUCAGUAAACGCCGAAAGCGGUUUACCAAGGAUGGGUUUGAUCUAGAUCUUACAUAUAUAACCAGGAAAUUAAUAGCAAUGGGUUUCCCAGCAGAAAAGCUGGAAGGGGUGUACAGAAAUCAUAUUGACGACGUGGUAAAAUUGUUAGAAUCUAAACACAAAGACCACUACAAAAUAUACAAUCUCUGUUCGGAAAGAUCUUACGAUUGCAACAAAUUCAAACAGAGGGUGGCAAUUUAUGCAUUUGACGAUCAUAAUCCACCCAAAAUGGAAUUGAUCAAACCUUUCUGCGAAGACGUACACUCGUGGCUUACAGAAAAUGAGAACAACGUCGCAGCAGUUCACUGCAAGGCUGGAAAAGGACGGACAGGUGUCAUGGUAUGCUGCUACCUUCUCCAUAGUAGACAGUGCGAAACGGGCACAGAAGCCCUUAAUCUUUACGGAGAAAAAAGAACGACUGAUAGGAAAGGAGUAACGAUACCGUCUCAGAGGAGGUAUGUUAAUUACUACGCUACGCUUGUCCAAGAAAAUCUUAACUAUCAACCCGUAACUUUAACAUUGCGGGAAAUCAAACUGGAUCCGGUACCUGUUCUCAACGGAUGCCAGAGUUACCAUUUUGUGAUAUCUGAAGCUAAUAACAAAAUAUUUAGUUCAGAAACCUAUGAAGUGCGCAAAGGCAUCUCCUCACUUUCUAUCCCCCUUCAACAGAACGUUCAAAUUAAGGGAGACAUAAGGGUAGAUUUUUAUCAUGUACCCAAAGUAAAACGAAAACAGGAAAAGUUGUUUCACUUUUGGUUCAACACAUUUUUUGUACGCGAGUAUGUAAAUUCUGAAAGCGACAACGGAGGACCAAUUGAAAGGACGACUCGAGCGUUAAGCUGUGACGGAACUGCUAUGGAGUUACCGAUGGUUCACACAAAACCGAGAACAGGGUCGCUUGCAAGUUUAGGUCCUAUGCCUCCAACACUUCUAUUGGUCAUUGACAAGUUGGGUUUGGAUGGAGCUCACAAAGACAAAAACCACAAAAUCUACCAUGCGGACUUCAAGGUCAGUUUGUAUAUGCAACGAGCGGGCAGCAGCAUAGCGCUACCAGCGGUCUCACCACCACCCGUUGGACGACCCGGCGAGGGCAUACAAUUGGGUAUAGGUGGCCAAGAGACGCCGAGCGAGUCGAGCGAGGCCGAUAGCAGUGAGUGCGAUACCACGGGCGACGAGGACGGUUGGGAAUCGGCCUUUGUUCGAUUCGGGAUCGUAGGCAAACUAAAGCGAGUCCACAAACGAAUCAGACAUCAACGAGGAGACGACAAGCCGAAACUCAUGGUUAAGCGUUGAGAGUAUAAAAGAAGAGGAGUCGCGAUAUUUGGCGCGACGCUUUUUUAUCUUGUAACGUGUGUAAAGUAUGCCAGAAAGGCAAAGAGCGGAGAAAUAAAUUAUGAAUGUAAAGCGAUCGCAAGAAAAAGAGAAAUAGGAGGAGGAAGCGCGAGAAAGAGAAUACAAACUAUUUUCAUAAGAGAGAAAUUGUAAAAGUCAAUAUUAUACUUAGGUAUAGGAGCGAAGACAAGAGCUAGGCGAUUAAACAAAAGAGUCGGUAUGGAGAUUAUUGAAAAGCUGAUCAGCGUCGGACGUUUCAACGUGAUUUAUAUAUUAUAUGCGUCAACUCAUCCCGCACAUCUCUGCCGAAAGACGGCGGAAUCUCUAAUUAGCAUCCGAGCUCGUGCUACAAGUCCAAGAAAAUAAUCAGUGGCUAAGAAAAAAUGUUGAACUGAUAAAACAAAUAAUUAGCAAAAUUUUCUACUUAAUGAUUGUUGGAUAAGCCGUUUCUUCGAGCAAAAACACCGAUGGUUGUUCGGAAGAAAGAAAAGUAUGCGUAAUGAUAUUCAUUGUCAAUCGUACGUUCGAAAAAAACAAAUUGUCGCUGUGUUACGAUGCUCACAUAUACUUUAGCUUACUCCGCGCGGAGUACAAAUACAAACUUUUUUCUCUGUCACUGUUCUCUCAGAACCAGAUGCCACAUUUUGUUCAAACGCUUUUAUUUCUUUCCAUUUCGAUAGGUGUACUUGUACAAUUCUAAACUUGAGCAUCAUAACUCUCACAAUUUCCACUAAACUAAACUAAAAGAAAAAAAUACAAAAAUAGAUUAAAAAACUAAAAAGCUCAUUCACGGUGUAUAUCAAUCAAUUAGAAAAAAUAAAUAAAAUACUCGAUGUGAUAGGGCAAUUUUUAACGAUCAGCUGACCACUUAAUCUAAUCUAUGAACAUAUAUAGCAAGAAAAACGUAAGACAAUUUUCAAUGUGCUGGGAUGCGCGACUUUUAAUCAUAACGAAAGAAACGAAUACAGGAGCUAAUAAUGGGAAGUAACGAGCGGCUUAACACACUAUAACGUUAAAUCAAAGAUUUAUUUGCAUUAGGUUUGUUUGAAGCGAAGGAAUCUCUUUUAUACAGAGUAAUGAAGAAGACGGCGACGAAACAGAAUUAAAAGAAAUAAAUGUUUAAUACGAUUUGUAGAGAAAAAUCGUAUUAAUAUAUCAAUGCAACAAAAAACAAAAAAAAAUACAAAAAACAUAAAUACAAGAUUCUAUCUCUCGUAUUUUGUCAAGUGCAUGCGGGCGAGCUUGCGUGCGUGCGUGCGUGCGUGCGUGCGUGCGUGCGUGCGUGCGUGCGUGCGUGCGUGCGUGCGUGCGUGCGUGCGUGCGUGCGUGCGUGCGUGCGUGCGUGCGUGCAUGUAAAUGUGUGUGUGUUGAAUCAAAAAGAUGAGGUUUUGCUUGUCUUUGGGCAAAACAAUGACAGCGAGGGAAAUAAUGAGAAUGAGAGAAAGCGUCUAGACGAGCAUUUGCGCCGGAAAUUAUCUGAAAAAGUUUGCACGCCUUUUUUGUACUUGACAACUCGAAAUAACCACACAAACACAUCUACAUGUGAUGUAUCAUUUUUUGGAUGUCGUAUACGGUUAGAAAAACAAAUAACAAAAUAAAUAAGCAAAACGUGAUGUUUUCUAUUGUGUCCCUCAAUGUGUACAUAAUGUUUAAAUGACUCGACUAUAUCACUAAUGUGUAAACUGUAAGGUUUAAUGUGCAAUACAAAUGUUCCUUAAAGCUCAUCUCGAAAGAAUAACAAAAGUGAAGAAAAUCAUGCCGUUCGCUGACAAAAGUACAAAAAAAUAAAAGCAACUUUUUCAUAUAAUUGUCGUCGCAACUUAUCUAUAGCUAUACGUGGUCGGCGUAUGUCGUUAUGACUUUUCCUCGGAGAUGAAGGGCGGUCCUUAGUAUCAUCUCUGAAGAUUUGCCAGUAUACGUCAGGUCGCAAGUGUGCGGAACACAAGUUUUGUUUUGUAUUGACGAGGACGAUAUCUCCGUUGUAAGAAAGAAAGACAGAAAAGAGUUUGACUUUUUUUUUCACGCAGUCACGUGAAAGGCCAGCAUUACUGUCCGGAAGAAAGAAUUUAUCAGCGAGAAAGCUUUUUAUUUCACUAACUUAUUAUAAUAAGGAACGAUCAACAUUCGAUUACCAUGUUGUUCCAUGUAAUCUAUUUUAAUAAGAAAUAAAGCGCAUCACCAUGUUGGCUAACAAUGUGCUAUCUUAUUAUUUAUUUGUUUUCGUUUUUUUUUCAGUUUUUUUACGUUUUUGCAACAUG